CGUCGUCGUUCCGUCGUGGUGGUGUUUAUUUUCUGUGUUGCACCAAAAUUAAUACGUAAAAUUCUUUUAGCAUCCGACAACACAAUUGCAGAAAACAUGUUCAACGGUUUCUGAAAGUGGUAUAUCAUCGAAUUCCACCGGGGAAUCCGUUCUGGGCGGUGGUAUAUAGUGGUACGCAGUGCUAGAGUUUGCGGGUCGAAGAAAACUUUACACAUUAGUGUUGGGGCGGAGGAUUACGGGAAGCCCCAUCCCAGGAAAAUUGUGCAGCUGCGUUGGUGAAAAAGAAGAUGGCCUUUUCCAGCCACAUCAGCGAUAUCGUCAAUUUGAAUGUCGGUGGAACCAGAUUCUCGACAUCCCGUCAAACCCUAACAUGGGUACCGGAUACGUUUUUCACUUCCUUGCUCAACUCCGAGAGGAAUGGCCGUAUUUCCAGCCUCCGUGACGAAACGGAUGCCAUCUUCAUCGAUCGUGAUCCAAAGCUGUUCUCUAUCAUUCUCAAUUACUUACGUACCAAGGAGAUCGACAUCAAGUCCUGCGAUAUCCGGGUACUGCGACAUGAGGCUGAAUUCUACAACAUUUCGCCACUGAUCAAGCGGUUAAUGCUGUGCGAAGAGAUGGAUCAAUCAAGCUGUGGUGAUGUGUUGUUUUACGGAUAUCUUUCUGCUCCAAACAUUCCAAUCCAAGAGGUAACGCUACCUUCCUCGUCAACUAGUUCCGUGAGCGGUAUCACUGCGACCAAUUCUUUAUCCGGGUCAAACGGUUCCGCUCAAUCAGCUCAAUCCAAAACCAACAACGACCUGCAACCCGGAACUUCCUCUCAGCCGUCCGCAUCCCAGCAGCCAGCAGGUGUUCCAUCGUCGUCGGUGGCUUCCACUGGCGGAGUGUGUCAUCCUCCAUCGAAUCCCCGACCUGGGUCGAUGGUUCGAGUGCCCGAGUUUUCUCAAAGCUCAGGAUCGUCCGGUAGUAGCACCGGAGGAGCCAGUGGCUCUCGCCAUGCUGGUCAUUCUCGAAACUCAUCAUGGGAUCUCCGGGUGUCGUACAACGGAAACGGAAGAAACUCACAAUGGGCCCCUGGCCAUUCGCGCACUGCAUCGUUGGAUAUGAUGCGUCAUCAUUCUCGAAAUUCAUCCGUAGAUUUAAACAAGUAUAUCCGCAAUGACGUUGGGCUGGUGUUCGGUCCUAGUCAAUCAUCUGGAUGGUCGGACCCGAUGCGUGUUCAAAUCAUCAAAGCGCAUCACAAUUGGAUUUCGGUUGCAUAUGCGCACUUUGUCACGUGUUAUCGAUUGAAGGACUAUUGUGGUUGGCAGCAGAUUUUCAUUUCACCCUACGUUGAACACCCGAUCGAACGAAUAGCUAUAAACGCCAAGAUGAGUCUAGCUACGUCGGCCGGUGAGCAGUCUCACAGUAAAAUGGUAGCAAUCUCAUAUGGCAGUCAGAUACGGCUGUGGGGAAUCUCGGAAGACGGAAGCAAGACUGACGUCGGCAUUUUCAACCUUCACGUACGGGUUGAGUUUCUGUUCUUCAUCGGUAGCCAGCUGGUGGCACUUUCGUCUUCGGGCAAGAUUGGUGUAUGGCAUGCGAUGACCCAGCACUGGCAAAUUCAAGAUCUGGUUCCGAUUCUGUCGUUCGAUACGGCUGGCUCUUUUCUGCUGCUUGGUUGCAACAAUGGCUCGAUUUAUUAUAUUGAUAUGCAGAAAUUUCCAUUGCGAAUGAAGGACAACGAUCUGCUGGUGACGGAACUGUACAAAGAUCCAUCGAAUGAUUCGAUAACGGCAAUAUCCGUGUAUUUGACACCUAAAACUACAAUACCGGGAGAUAAAGAAGGUCUAUCCGGAAACUGGAUUGAGAUCGCCUACGGUACCAAGUCGGGCUCGGUGCGUGUGAUAGUGCAACAUCCGGAAACCGUUGGCCAUGGACCUCAGCUGUUCCAAACGUUCACCGUUCAUCAAAGUCCGGUGACGAAGGUUACUCUGUCGGAGAAAUUCCUGAUCUCGGUCUGCAGCGAAUACAACCACGUUCGCACUUGGCAAGUUACGCGCUUUCGGGGCAUGAUCUCCACUCAGCCUGGCUCGACGCCGGAGGCUUCUUUCAAGAUCGUUUCGUUGGAAGCUGUAGACUCCACCUACAGCUACUCGGCCGGCAACGAUUUCGGUCCGUUCGGUGAACAAGAUGAUGAACAGAUUUUCGUACAAAAGGUGGUUCCCGAUACGGAUCAAUUGUACGUGCGCCUGGCCUCAAACGGGGAACGUGUCUGCUUGGUCCGUUCCGUUGAUGGUACUACCAUCACCUCUUUCUGCGUGCACGAGUGUGAAGGAUCUUCCCGGAUGGGUUCUCGACCACGCAGGUUCAUCUUGUCCGGCCACUGCAACGGAGCGAUACAGAUGUGGGAUCUCACCACGGCGUUGGAAAUCUUCAAGAAAAAGGAUCAGAACAAAAAGCUGAUCGGUGGUCCAACGGCGGACGAACUGAUUCGCCUACUGGACCAAUGUGAUCUGAGCAAUAGUCACUGUUCGACUCCAUGCAUGUCACCGUGCCCCUCAGCGAUCUCGACAGGAGCGGCCACGGUAGCUAGACUAAAACCGUUCAAUGUUGCAUUUCUGAAUCAGUCGGCAGCGGCUGCCGCAGCCGCAGGACCAGUUUGUGUCCAACCAAACCCGGACCAACCGAACUGAUCUAUGCUGAGGCGACGAAGAGGACUUUGAAAGUGGUUAUGCUGCCACCUUCAACUGUACGAUUGAACGAUCUUAAUGUACUACCGCAUGUGAUCGAGUGGUGCAAAAGCGCCUCGCAUCGAUUACACAGGCAAGUUAGAAUCUAUAUCCUGUAAUUGUGAUUUUAUCCUUGUAACGAAUACGUCACUGGACAUAUGGCUCUGCUAGGGUCAUCACGAUUAUAUUGAAAGUGAUUUUUGCACUCUUAUGCAUUAAAUAUUACUACAAUAACACUAUUCGAGUUAUCAAUAUUUAAACAUAGUCAAAUCCAGAUAGUGUAGCGCAGAAUUAUAUUUUUAAUAAAAAGGAGAAAAUUUAAAA